AUGGGGAAUGGAGAGGAAGAAGAAAGCGCUGGUGGGAAGAAAGGGGUCAGCCCUCAUGACAAGCAGAGACCCAUCAGAGCUGCUGAUAUUUUCCAAUCACACUACAUAGCAGACAUUGACAACUUGCCUACUAUAGCUAAAAGAAGAGUGAAUGCCCUUAAAAACCUUCAAGUUAAAUAUGCACAAAUAGAAGCCAAAUUCUAUGAGGAAGUUUGUGAUCUUGAAAGGAAGUAUGCUGUUCUCUACCAACCUCUAGUUGAUAAGCAAUUUGAGAUCAUUAAUGCAAUUUAUGAACCUACGGAAGAAGAAUGUGAGUGGAAACCAGAUGAGGAAGAAGAAAUUUCAGAGGAGCUGAAAGAAAAGGCCAAGAUUGAAGAUGAGAAAAAAGAUGAAAAAAAAGAAGAUCCUAAAGGAAUUCCUGAAUUUUGGUUGACUGUGUUUAAGAAUGUUGAACUGCUCAGUGACAUGGUUCAGAAACAUGAUGAACUUAUUCUGAAGCAUUUGAAGGACAUAAAAGUGGAGUUCUCAGAUGCUGGCCAGCCUAGGAGUUAUCUGAGAAUUCACUUUGAACCCGAUGAAUAUUUCACAAAUGAAGUGUUGACAAAGAUGUAUAGGAUGAGAUCUGAACCAGGUGAUUCUAAUCCCUUUUCAUUUGAUGGACCAGAAAUUAUGGGCUGUACAGGGUGCCAAAUAGAUUGGAAAAAAGGAAAGAAUGUCACUUUGAAAACCAUUAAAACAAAGCAGAAACAUAAGGGAUGUGGAACAGUUCAUACUGUGACUAAAACAGUUUCCAAUGAUUCUUUCUUUAAUUUUUUUGCUCCUCCAGAAACUCCUGAGAGUGGAGAUCUGGAUGAUGCUGCUGAAGCUAUCCUUGCUGCAGACUUUGAAAUUGGUCACUUUUUACAUGAGCAUGUAAUUCCAAGAUUGAUGUUGUACUUCACUGGAGAAGUUGUUGAAAAUGAUGAUAAUGAUUAUGAUGAAGAAAGUGAAGGAGUGGAUGAGGAAGGGGAAGAAGAAGGAGAUGAGGAAAAUGAUCCAGACUAUAACCCAAAGAAGGAGCAAAACCCAGCAGAGUGCAAGCAACAGUAA